AUGUCUAGCUCCGAAAGACGAAAUGAGCUCCGGGGGCUGCAGGGCGCUGCCCGUCCUCCCCCACGAUGGCAUGCCCUCUUGCUCGGACGGAAAGGCGCAUUCACGAGAGACCUGAGCGGACGAAUCAUGACAGACGCCCUUGGAAACGUCCGAUUUCGCUACUCGCCGAGCGAGCAGAAUUUCCCUAUCGACUCCAGUUCUUUCGAGCAUUGGCCUAUUCACAUUGGCAUUGCCCCGCAACUACCUUUACCCCGAAUCGCCGUCGUCUUCUUCGCGCCGGUGGUGAAUCAUGCAUGCUACGACAAGAGGGUUGUCACGGAGAUAGCGUGGUCGAUCUACGACACACACGAGAGGUGCUACGGCGCACGCAUCAAUCCCCGCCAGACUUUUCAGCGACGCUCGUCAGCUGGAGAUCGGGGAGUUUCGGUCCGUAUAUUCACGAAGACGUUUCAUAGGAUUAUCAUCGAGACAGCCGAUCACCACCCCGGCACUUGCGCGAAUCUCCUCCAACAUACGGCGCGACCGUAUGACUUUGUGUUCGGAAAGUCAGGAUUCACCAGACGCUCCGACAUUAAACAAACUCUCGAGCAAGCUUUCGACAUGGCGCGUAAAUGGAACCUGAGCCCAGGGCAGAUUGCAUCUGGCGCGGUUCGGCAUGUCGUCCACAUUGGAUGGGGCGAUGAAUUCCAUCAUGCAGCCAUUCGAUCCACGGACUGGUACUCUCAGUGUCUCUGUCUUGAACAGUGGGAUCUGGAAAUGCACCAUAUUAUACGAGACCGGUUUGACACCCAAAAGCCAUCAUUCGAGGAAUGUCUAGAAUCUUUGGGCCUGCCUACGAAGAUCAACGGCUACAGUAUCGCCAGAAAUGCCGGCAAUCAGAGCGCCUUCGCCAUCCACCUCCUUCUGGCCUUGUCUUUCCUCACCGCAGAACAGGUAGAGUGCCUCAAGGAUCAGCAGAACUUACCCUUGCUUGAUGCCAAGCUGGGCAGUGAGGAGGUGCUCACGCAUGCCAAUGUGCCCAUCGGCACACCGCGUACCAGCCAGCGUAUUGCAUACACCCAUCAGCCACGACCAACCGUGAGCACGUACCGGCGUAUCGAUCACGACACCCCCUCUUCGGCUGCUACAUAUCACUUGGGACAAGUCCCGGAUCGUGUCCCUGACCGAUACAAUGCCGACAUGUGCUUGCGGGACCAGAGGAGCUAA